GCCAAUCUCUCCAUUCGGCUUCCACCUGCUAUAAAAGCCCAGCCAUUUACAUAGAUUUAGUUAGAACGCUUUCGACAAUCAAUCAAUCUACCAAAAUGAAAUUCUUCAUUGUCUUCUUCGCCUUGAUCGCAGUGGUCUUUGCCGCUGGCUAUGGACAGCAGGGUGGACACGGCCAAGGUGGACAUGGUCAGCAAGGAUUCGGACAAGGUGGACACGGCCAGCAAGGAUUCGGACAGGGUGGACACGGCCAACAAGGAUUCGGACAGGGUGGACACGGCCAGCAAGGAUUCGGACAGGGUGGACACGGCCAGCAAGGAUUCGGACAGGGCCAGCAAGGAUUCGGCGGACAAGGUGGACAUGGCCAGCAAGGAUUCGGACAAGGUGGACAUGGCCAGCAAGGACACGGACGUUACUAAAAUACAGUCUAAAUAAAAAAAUUUUCCAAAUUUAAAAA